GAGUUUGUGUUCCUCUCAAAAUCCGACCUGCAAACCUGAAGGAGAGAAAGUCCUCAUGGUCGUAUCUAAUGCCUCUUUUCUCGAUUGGAAUGGGAAACUGCUUGGACUGGCCUCUCAGAGCGGAUAGAGAGCUGCGGCCAGAAGAAAUGGACGAGCUACGAGACGCUUUCAAGGAAUUUGACAAAGACAAGGACGGUUUCAUAAGCUGCAAAGAUCUGGGGAACUGUAUGAGGACCAUGGGAUACAUGCCCACGGAAAUGGAGCUGAUAGAACUGAGUCAACGGAUAAAUAUGAACUUGGGAGGUCAUGUUGAUUUUGACGAUUUUGUGGAAUUAAUGGGCCCGAAACUCCUGGCUGAAACGGCAGACAUGAUUGGGAUAAAGGAGUUAAAAGAUGCAUUUAGGGAGUUUGACACAAAUGGGGACGGUGCCAUAAGCACUACCGAGCUCAGAGAUGCGAUGAGGAAGUUAUUGGGCCAGCAAGUAGGUCUUAAAGAGGUAGAAGACAUCCUAAGGGACGUGGACUUAAACGGGGAUGGGCUUGUUGACUUUGAAGAGUUUGUGAGAAUGAUGUCUCGCUAGGAUCCGACAUCAGUCCUGAAUGUGAACCUGUGUCCUUCUCCACACUAAAACCACGUCCAAGUAAAGGACAAGCCAAGAUCUACUGAGCCAUCGAAAUCAAAACGACACUGGAAUUCAAACUCAAAUGUUACGAGGCGGGGGGGGGGGGGGGUUCACCUCCCACUUUCAAUCAAUAAGUGUUCUUCCUGAAAACUUUUUUCAGAUUAACUGAGGCAGAGCUUGCUGUAGCAUAGCUGAAGAUUGUCUAAUUUAUGUUUUUGCACUUUAAUUCUCACUUAAUAACUUCCUGUGUGGAUAAAUUGCCGGCGUCCUGUCUCAAUGUCUACAUGGUGUUAUUCUGUGUCUUGCAAAAUGUCACCUUCGAUGUUUCAGUGGCAUCAGAAUGAGAGGCUGAAUGUGGGAAAGACAAAACAUUAGCACCAUUGAAUGUUUAUAUAUUCACACGUUGUCUGUUGUAUUAGAAAUGUACUUGAAGGUACCUUUGUGCAGCAAUGGUGCUUCACCAAGAAAUCAAAGUGGCAAUACCACACUUGUAAUGUAACUUUGUGACCACUUGUAAUUUUUCACUGUGCCAGACUUGUUCCAAUGAAAAGAAGAAUCACUGUCCGACAUGCAGAAAAGGAAGAUGAUUUUAAUCAGAAUCUCUGAAAUGCCUCCAAGAUAAAAAAAAAAAAAGAUAAACACGGCAAAAGGAGGGCAGCUUUUCUCAAAAGCGUAGAAAGUGCUCGACAAGACUGACCAGCGGUGAUUUGCAGCAAUACAGAACAUGUUCAGACUGUUUCUUUUUGUGCUCAUGACUGAAUUCACAAAAGGCUGGGAAGUAUAGGCUGUUUUUAAACGUCUGUCGUGGUCUGCGUGAGGUUACACAUUAGGAAUCACUAGUGUGAACUGUAUGUACAGUGGAUCUGAUCAUGCUGUAGCUCUCAUUGUCGUUACGACUCUAAAUGUGGUACUGUUCCAUUCAUCUGUGCUGUCAAAGAAAUUUUUAUGCAUGCCAAAGAGAGACAUUUACUACAUUUAGUAUGCACAAUUUUGUCUAUAAAAAAAAACAGGAGACAUAAUAUUUCGGCAAGUUAUCUAUAGAAAAAUAAAAGGUGUUUACAUUUGA